UGCAUGCAUUGUCCUAACUAAUCGAAGAAACGUACGUACGGCGCUUGCGAGAAAAUCGUUCAUUUGUACGCCGCCGUCACUGACCGGCCGUCCGCCGCGUGCUCCGGCGAGCGGCGGCGAUCGAUGGCGUGCCGGGUGCUGGAGGUGACGCUGGUCUCGGCCAAGGACCUCAAGAAGGUGACGGUGUUCUCCAAGAUGCGGGUGUACGCCGUGGCGUCCAUCUCCGGCGGCGACCCCCGGGUGCCCACGCACCGGACGCAGGCCGACCGGGAGGGCGGCCGGAGCCCCAGGUGGCACGCGCAGCUCCGGUUCCCCAUCCCCGGCGCAGGCCAUGACGAUGGCGGCGCCGCCGACGCGCGUGCCCUCGCGCUGCACGUGCUGCUCCGCGCCGAGCGGACCUUCGGCGACUCCGACGUCGGGGAGGUGUUCGUCCCGGUACAGGACCUCGUCGCCGCGGCGCCCGACAACGGCGAGCACAGGCACCUCAGCUACCAGGUGCGCCGCCCCGUCAGCGGCCGGAAGUGCGGCGUGCUCCACAUAUCGUUCCAGAUCACCGACGACGUGCCGGUCCCGGCCGACCAGGCACCCACUGCCGGCGGCGGCGCGUUCCCGCGGUACGUGCACGGCGCCUCAACGCGGCAUGUCGGCGCGAAGAGCGUCCACGCGGUCACCGCGUACCCGGCGACCGGGCGCGGCGGCGGCGGCAGCGGAGGCGCAGCCUACUCGCCUUCUCCGGCGUACCACCACGGCGCCAUGCAGUACGACUCCCCGUACCGCCGCGGACACCAUCACCACCACCACCAUUACGGGUACGGCGCCGUCGGCCCGUCCUACGGCUACAGCCCGGCGCCGUACGGGCACGGUGCUCCAGCGGCGGCGAGCCACGGCGGGGGGAUGGGGGUGGGGGCAGGCUUCGGCGUCGGGCUGCUCGGCGGCGCGGUCGGCGGGAUGGUGCUCGGCGACAUGCUCGCCGACGCGGAGAUGGACGCGCCCUUCGACCCCGGCAUGGGCUUCUGAUGAUCCGUCCGUCCGUCCGUGCUGCACGAAUCCUGAUGUAGUCUGAUCUGAUCAACCGGUGUCAAUAUUGCCAUGUACUGAUUGGCAUGGAUAUGAUCAUAUGGAUCAUGGAAGUUUUUGCCGCUUGGAGUUUGCACAUACGGAUCGGGAGCGAAAUCUGCGUCGAAAUGGUAUUUAUUAGUUUGAUCGUUGAUAACAGUAAGGAGAAACAUGCGGUCAUCAACAAGCUCGGUAAGGUCGUCGCCGAGAGCAUCAACCAUGGCCUUGAGCUUGCGACAAUAGUCGGCAAUGGAGAGAUCUCCUUGGUGAAAGGAGUAGAACUCAACUAGGAGGUUAAGGGCAUGGUGUUCCUAAUUGUCAAGAAAGUGGUGUUCGAGCGAACGCCAAACCUGUCUUGCGGUGAUGGAGGGUGGCGAUGGAGGGUGAGAGAACGUCCUGCAAAAGGUUAUCAGAGAUGGUGUCUUAUAACCGCCUGAGAACGACAUGGGUUGUGUUCUUUAUAGAUGAAAGAUAAAAUAUUAUCUAAUUUUAUGAUUACUAUUUAAUGAUAUAAAUAAUGUAAUUA